UAUAUGUUUCAAGUUCCUUUAGAUUAUUCCAAUCAACUAAAAGGCACUAUUCCACUAUUUGUUAGAGUCGUGUCCUUGGAAACCGUCACUCCUGGAACAACUAGAAAUACUUGUUCCAAAGUAGUUUGUUAUUUACAAGGAGGUCCUGGUAUGGAAAGUCCAAGACCUGAUUCUUCAACACACUUUCUGAGACCACUUCUCGAUUAUUUCGAUACCAUCGUAUUAUUGGAACAAAGAGGAACGGGUCUUUCGUUUCCUAUCCAUUGGCAAGUAUUAGAAACUUAUUCUUCCGAUGUAAAGGAACAAGCAAAGUUUCUCGCUUGUUUUCGUGCCGAUUCUAUUGUAAGAGAUGCAGAAUAUUGUCGUAAACUCUUGUAUGGAGACUCUACUUGGUCUAUAUUGGGACAGUCCUUUGGAGGAUUCUGUGCAGUUACUUACUUAUCUCUUUUUCCCCACUCUUUACACUCUUGUUAUAUAACUGCAGGAUUGCCUCCUAUUUUUCCUGGAUUUCAAGGUAUUGCCGUAUAUCAAGCUUUGUUUCAAAGGCUUAUUCAACAAAAUGAAAAAUAUUAUCUUCACUUUCCAAAAGAUAUUCCAUUGGUAAGAAAUAUAGUACAAUAUCUCGAUCAACAUGCUCCAGUCAAGUUAUCUUCUGGUUCCAUACUUACACCGAGAGGUUUACAAACAUUGGGACAUCGAACUUUGGGUUUCUCUGGUGGUUUUGGUAGUCUACACUGUUUGUUAGAAAAAGCUUUUACACAAGAUCAUAAAGGCAAUUCUAUUCUAUCGGAAUAUUUUUUGGCUACUGUAGAUCAUUUGUUUUCUACUUGGGAGACCAAUCCACUUUAUGCAGUUCUUCAUGAAAGUAUUUAUUGGAAUGGUAAUAAUAGUGGUCAAGAUGAGGAGAAUGAAGAUGAUGAUCAUCCUAUUUGGGCAGCUGAACAAGUUAUUCGUAGUUUACCAUGUUUCGAUGCCAUGCAUUGUUUACAAUAUACCCAAAAGCCUAUCUAUUUUACAGGUGAAAUGAUAUUCCCAUUUAUGUUUGAACAAUUUGCUUGUUUACGACCUUAUGCAAAAGUUGUGGAUCAGUUGGCCAGAAAGAAAAAUUGGUCUUCCUUGUAUAACAAAGAGCAACUACAAAACAAUCAAAUUGCAACUGCAGCUGCUAUCUUUUAUAAUGAUGUUUAUGUCGAUUAUCACAAAAGUAUAGAAACAGCCAAACAGAUUGCUCAUUGUAGUAUUUGGGUAACCAAUGAAUACUUGCAUGGUGCCUUGAGAGAGGAUACGAAACGAGUCGUUGGAAUGUUGCAAAAGUUGUUGUUUCAUCGUUCUUCUUGUUUGGAAUUGUAAUAAAUAGUAUUUGUUGACAAAGAAUCUUGAAAUG